AUGCCUGAGGGAGUAACGCUGGGUCGCAGCUGUGAGCACAGCUGCGUGUUCUUUAGCGCGUACGUGGAGGGCGCAUCGUACGACAAAGCGCUCGAGAUUGUCAACAAAUGUGAGGGCGACGUCCGCCUGGGCGACGAUUACGAGCUCGUGUCGUGCUGGAACGGCUGCGACACCGAAGGGAAGCCGGCGUACCACACCGUCACGCUUCUGGACGAGGCCGCGGUGCUGCCGAGCGGCGCACGGUGGCGCAUCGCCGAUCCGCGGGCGCGGCUGCCCUCAAACUACCCAGCCAACCAGACGUGGGGGCACCUCUCGAACGGCAACGACGUGCACGGCCUGAUGCACAAGUCCUCGCACAUCAUCGUGGACGCCGUCGGCGACUUCGGCCCCGACCCUGGCAGCGGCGGCUGGCCGGUCGCCGGCGUCCCGCACGCCACCAAGGAUCACACGCUCGAGCGAAAGGACAGCGUCGCGCAGGGCAACUGCGGCGACUGGGCGAGGUCGGCCGGCUCCUCCGCCGCCGAUUCGGAGUGGGUCGUGCACCCCAAGGGCUCGUGGCCGAGCGGCGAGUCGGGCGACCCCCCCUCCGAAGGGCAGAGUAGGCCAGGUGGCUGCGCCGCGUCUGUGACCGACUGCUGCGACUGCCGCGGCGGCAGCGCGGCGAGCGAGGCGACCGACCGGCGCGCUGACCCGCAGAGGCUGGUGAUCGGCACGUGGAACGCUGAAUGGCUGUACGACGGAGAGUGCGACCCGAGCAUGUCGCCGUGGGCGGCGGGCUCGAGCGAUUGCGCCGGCCUCCAGUCCGGCCUGAACAAGUGCGACGCUGCCGGCGCCGCGGCCCACCUCGAGAGGGUGGCGCGCCAUAUGCGAAGCUUCGACGCAGACGUGCUACACGUUACCGAGGUCGAGAGCUGCGACGUGCUCGCCGCGUGCGCCGCCAUCCUCAACGCCAACGCCUCGCAAGGCGGCGGCGGCGGCGGCGGCGGCGGCGGCGGCGGCGGCGGCGGCGGCGGCGGCGGCGGCGGCGGCGGCGGCGGCGGGCACUACCUCGCGCGGCUGCGCAUCGACUUCCCCACGAGCGGCGGCGGGCGUCGCGUGCCGGCGACGCUGGCUGUGCUCGGGCUGCAUCUCAAGGCGAUCCCGACGCAGGCGCGGUCGUGCCACAAGCGCGAGGCUCAGGCGAGGAUCGCGCAGCGGCUCCUCGUCGCCGCGCUCGGUGAGACGCCGUACGUCGUCGUCCUCGGCGAUCUCAACGACUUUGACGCCGACCCGUGCUGCCUUGACGCGCCCGGCUCGCGGCCCACCUCGCGCGUGCUGCGCAUGCUCAAGGACCCGCGCGCCACCGGAGCCGACGAGCUGCACUCGGUCGCCUCGCGGCUUCCGCGAGGGGAGCGGUACACGGACUGGUGGGACCACGCGCCCAAGGACGGUGUCGACGAGGGCGGGUCCGAGCACUCGUCACUCGAUCACCUCCUCGUCUCCGGGCCGCUCUUCGACCAGCUCUCGGCGGUCACCAUCGACCACAGCACGCCGCCGAUGGACUACUCGGACCACUGGCCACUCAUCGCCACCUUCCACCUCCAGCCGUUGGCGCAAGCGACGGCCCCGCCGCCUUCCGUGCUGCAGCAGACAGCCCCGGCGCUUCCGUCAUCGCCGCCGUCUUCGCCGCCGCCGCCCUCGGCGCCGCCUACCGUCGACGCCGGGAGCGUGCGGCUGCCGCUCGGUGCCGCCGCUGCGGUGAUUGCGCUGGCGCUCGUGGGCGCGCUCGUGCUCGCGCGCUCCGCGCUGCGCUGCGCGGACCGCGUGUUCCGCCCUGCCGCGCAUCGAAGGACGCGCUACGGCAAGCACGGAGACAGCGGACGGAGCGGAGUAGGCCUGGAGUUCGCCGUCAACAGCAAGAACGCCGGCGGGCCGACCGGAGCGCCUCUCGACACAGGAGCCGUCGUCGACGCUGGCGGCGGGCGGGCGAUUGUGACAUGA